CAGUCCAACAGCUGCCCCUGCCGCCCCUAGCAGCAGCCCUGGCAGCGGUGUCAGCAUGCGGCGUAUUCCGCUGUCCCGCCUCAGUUAGCGGCGGGAGGGUGGAAGAGGAGGGGCAGCAGCAGCAUACUUCUUCUGUACUGGCGGCCACCCAUGCAGCUGCGGUGUUACUCACGGCCGCCCGACAGAUAAGAACCUUGUUGUCAUCUUCCACGACCUCCUCCUCCUCUUUCUCUAUGCAUGCUUGCUGCGGAGGCGAAGGAGGGGCGCUGGCUGGGAUGCUGCAACAGCAGCAGCAGCAACCAGGAGCGACAUGUGCUGCCGGCCGGCCCCGCCCCUCACGGCGUCUGGUGGUAGGGCUGGUAGUGCAGUUCGCCGAGGCGGUGGUGGGGGCCUGCAGGGCGGUACUGCAGCAUGCAAUACUACAACAAGAGCAGGAGGAGCAGCUCCUGCAGCGGCAGCGGCAGCAGUACCGCCAGCAGCAGGGAUGCCAUGUAGGGACGUGGCGGAGUGGGGGUUCUGUAUCAUCGGCAAUGGGGGCUGGCGGCGGCGAGGCCAGCACUGCUGUCCUGGUCGACUUGACGGAGGCGCUGAUUGCAGGGCUUCAAGCGGAGGAAUCGGUGGGGCCAGCUGCUCGGGCCCUACGCGCCCUGUUAUCCUCCGCUGCGUCCCUCGCGCUGCCGCUGCCCGCGCCGCUGGCUGUACGGCUGGCGGAGGCGCUGCAUGGGCUGCCGUACGGAGACGACGAUGCCGGGCCUCGGUACCAGGCGGCGGAGCGGGAUGUGGCGCAGGCGGCGGUGGCGGCGGUGCGGCUGGCGGGGGCGGCGGCAGCGGGAACAGAUGGGGCUGGAGGCGUGGUGUUGAACCGGAAGGACCUGCUGCAACGGCUUCUGGCACCGGCCUUGUACGGCAUCGCCCACAUCGCCUCGUCCGCCGCUGCCUCCCUGCCACCGCCUGGGCUGCCUCCCAAGUCCUUCCCUCUGUCCCGACACCAAGACAGCGCCCUCGCGCGCUACCUACGCCUACUAGACACCACCAUGUCACCUGCACCACCACCGCCCGUCUCCGCACCUCAUGGCUCAUGUAACACUCCUGCUGCUGCAGCAGCAGCAUACGAAGCAGCGGCAGCAGGUGGUGACGUCACCGCCGCCACCGCCUCCGACGCCUCCUGGUGCUGCUCGCUGUUCCUGCAGCAUGCCUGGUCUCCUCUGGAGUCCCUGCUGCGGUGCGGCGCCGCGGGGCGCUUCCUGCAGCCCUUGAGCCGCGCGCUUACCAGCCUGCUGCGUACCGCUACCGCUACCGCCUCUUCCUCACCCGCAAGUACCUCCGGGGGUAUGGGCGCACAACUAGUGUUGUCAGAUGCCUGGGUGGCAUCUGUGUUGGAAGCGCUGGCGGGUUGCGUGGGCCGACCUGGUGCCAAGCAAGUUCAUGAGCCGCUUGGAGUGCUGCUAGCGGCGAGCUGUGGGGGUGCAGGUGGUGAGGACGGCCGUGGCGGCAGCGGCAGCCGGCAAGACGACCAGCACCAGCAGCCUGGUAUGGUGGAUACGCGGACGCAGCAACAUCAGCAGCAACAACGUAAGGAGGAGCACAGGGCGAGGCUGAGGAGGUACGGUGAGCUAGCGAUGCGUGUCGUACAUGGGCUCUUGUACGGCAGCUUGGCAGCUGGUCUGGCGUCGGACUGGCGGUCUGCGGACCAGCAGCCCGAGGCAGCGGAGUGCCUGCUGCGGCUGGCGACAGCAGCCGCCAGACACGGUCUGACUGGGGAUCUAGCUGAGGAGGGUGAGGUGGCUGCGAUGCGACAGGAGGUAGAGAUGGCGUCGGGUCAGAGCUGCAUGUCGGCUUGGCCAGCAGCAACCGCAACCGCAUCCGCAUCCACAGCAACAGCAACAGCAUUUGGGGGCGUGUUAGAUACUGCUGGCGCUGGAGUUGCUGGUCCUGUGGGUGCGGUAGCAGCUGCUGCCAUGGCUGCUUCAAGGGCUGCGAUCGCGGCUGCGGCGCUGCGGCUGGCUGCUGGCAGCAGCGGCUGCGACCACCGGCAGCUGGCAGCGGCUGCGCUGAGCUGCACAUGCGCGGUGCUGCAGGCGGUGUGUAUUCCAUUGCCAUCGGUAGUCGCAUCACCGCCGCCGCUGCUUCAGCAGCUAUUACAUCAGGAGCACCUCCCUUCAUAUGUGCCGAACAGUACCAGUAUCAAUUGGCUCAGCAGCAGUGGCGGCGGUGGCGGUGGCGGGGGCGGCCAUGCGGUGGUGCAGUGUCAGCUGCUGGGUGUGGUGGUGGCGCAGGGCCAUGUGGUCACGGCGGGGCUGCUAGCGGCGCUCCUGUCCACCUCCCCGCUGCCCCGGCUCCAAAAGGUGGUAUCCGCGCUUGUGCUGCUGAGUGCGGCAGUAGCGCGGUACUUCCUGCUCCAGCAAGGACAGCAGCAACAACAACAACAACAGCAGCUGCACCCACAACAGUGUUGGCAGCAGCAGCAGCAGCAGCCACGGCAGCAGCAGCAGCAGCAGGACCUCGCAGCGCUGGCAGAAGCAUGCAGGCGGGUGCUGGCUGGGUGGCUGGCGGCGGCCGCAGCUCACCUGCAGCUGUCGGAGGCGGACGGUGCUGCCAUGGCGGCCUCCUGGACACCAGUUCUGGCGGAGGCGGGCGUUUGGGCGGCUGUGGAGACCCCAGAGCCGACAGGAACACAGCAGGAAGGGGAUGGCAGUGCAGCAGGGGCGGCAGCAGCAGCAGCAGCAGUCGUACAUGCGGAGGGACCGCUUCUGGCUGGCGGGGUGGUGGGUCGCACGCACUCUCGCAAGCUGCGGCGGCUGUUGCGGGAGUUUGCAGAGCGUAGGAUGCGGGUGGGGUGAUAGUUUGAUAGCGGUGCGAAGGGAGGCACAUGAAAGGGAGGUACUUGUGUUCUGCUGCUUCGCUGAGGACCCUGCGAUGCGAUCCUGCGAUGCGUGUGAGGUGUACCCCGUAUCCUGGUGGCGUGUGGUUCAAGUGAUUUGGGGCGGGGUGCGCAUAUUUGUGCGAGGAUGGUGCAGGAUUAGGAAACCGACAUGGGCCUCUUACAGAGAGCCGGUUUUGGGAUCCC